AUGGCCUCCGUAUCGCAAACUGCCUUGCAGAAUCUCGAUGACACCUCCAGAAAGGAAAUCAUGCAAUUUGUCGAAUCUGAACAGUCUAAGUCUAAGGUUCAAUUAUCUAUUCACAACUUCACUGAUAUGUGCUUUAAGAAAUGUAAUGCCAACAAGCCUAUAACAAGUGGCAAUUUGGACACCAACGAAGAGCAGUGUUUAACCAACUGCUUGAACAGAUUCUUAGAUACAAACAUUAAGGUUGUUCAGGCUUUACAAGGUACCCAGAAAUAG